UCCCUGGCAACGGCCCCCAACAACCUCGCCGGGUGGCCCUAGAGCUCCGCGGUGCUGUUGCGCCUACGAGGGACCUGCCCAACGUACGUCCCAAUUACGGGUGGGACUGUGGGCCUCCCCCGGCGCCGCCGCUCCUGCGCCCUCGACAGCGAAAGGGAUUGACUGACGCUACUUGGAUUAAUUUGACGAUCUCCUAAGAGACUCGAAGUUAAAUUUCUAUAAACAAAUAAACUAGUUCUCUCUCAUUUGGAGUAAUGCUGAAGUUCCAAGAGGCUGCUAAGUGUGUGAGUGGACCAAGAGCCCUUUCUGCUUAUCCAAAGACCUUGAUUGCAAGAAGAUAUGUAGUUCAACAGAAACUUGGUAGUGGAAGUUUUGGAACUGUCUAUCUGGUCUCAGACAAGAAAGCAAAACAAGGAGAGGAAUUUAUAGAUAUCUGCGGUGGGCACCUGCACUGUAUCAUGAUGCUAUUUGAGCCCCCAAAACUCUGCUACAUGCUGGUGAUCAGGAGUGGAGAGGAAAAGACCAGAAAAGUACUGAAGGAAAUCUCUGUGGGAGAACUCAAUCCAAAUGAGACUGUGCAGGCCAAUUUGGAGGCCCAGCUCCUUUCCAAGCUGGACCACCCAGCCAUUGUCAAGUUCCAUGCAAGCUUUGUGGAGCAAGAUAAUUUCUGCAUUAUCACAGAGUACUGUGAGGGCCGAGACCUGGAUUGUAAAAUUCAGGAAUAUAAAGAAGCUGGAAAAACCUUUCCGGAAAGUCAGAUAAUCGAAUGGUUUAUCCAGCUGUUGCUAGGAGUUGACUACAUGCAUGAAAGGAAGAUACUUCAUCGAGACUUGAAAUCAAAGAAUAUAUUUCUGAAAAAUAAUCUGCUUAAAAUUGGGGAUUUUGGAGUUUCUCGACUCCUAUUGGGAUCCUGUGAUCUAGCCACCACUUUAACUGGAACUCCUCAUUACAUGAGUCCAGAGGCUCUGAAACACCAAGGUUACAACACAAAGUCGGACAUCUGGUCUCUGGCAUGCAUUUUAUAUGAGAUGUGCUGCAUGAACCAUGCGUUCACUGGCUCCAAUUUCUUGUCCAUUGUUUUAAAAAUUGUUGAAGGUGACACACCUUCUCUCCCCCAGAGAUACCCAAGAGAACUGAAUACCAUCAUGGAACGCAUGUUGAACAAGAGUCCUUCAUUGAGACCAUCUGCUAUAGAAAUUUUAAAAAUCCCUUACAUUGAUGAACAACUACAGAUUAGAAAUUUUGAUGCAGAGAAUCUACCUCUGGCGCACCUGAUGUGUAGAUAUUCGGAGAUGACUCUGGAAGACAAGAAUUUGAAUUGUCAGGAGGAGGCUGCUCAGAUAAUUAAUGCCAUGCAAAAAAAGAUCCACCUGCAGACUCUGCGGGCGCUGUCUGAAGUGCAGAAAAUGACACCAAGAGAAAGGAUGCGGCUGAGGAAGCUCCAGGCAGCUGAUGAGAAGGCCAGGAAGCUGAAAAAGCUUGCAGAAGAAAAAUAUGAAGAAAAUAACAAACGAAUGCAGGAGUUGAGAUCUCGGAACUCUGAGCAGCUAACUAUUGAUGUUCUCCAUGAACCUGAUGACCUGACUUCAGAGAACCUGCCUGAGUCUCAGCCCAUUCCUUCCUCGGAUCUUGGCCCACUUGAGUCAAGUAUAGAAGACACCAUAGCUGACCUUGGAGAUCAUGCUACUCCACAAGCAAGUCCGGAGCCCCUUCCCUGUGCUCAGAGAAAUCGCCAGCCUCAAGGGAAUUGUACUUUGCUUGCCCGUAUGAAGUCCACAUGCCCUUUGCAGUUGAGGGCUGCUCUGUGACUUAUGGCGUCAACUCUUCCCUUUUAACGUCCAAAUGGAAAUAAAGUAAUUUGAACUCUGUUAGACAAUGAUAUAUUUUUAUUGUUUUCAUUUUACAAAUGAAAACAUUUAUCAGCUCUGCAAUUCUACUUCUAGAUAGUUACCUAAGAGAAAUGAAAGUAUGUCUACAAGAAAAUCUGUACUCAAAUGUUCCUAGAAGUUUUAUUCAUAAUACCAAAAGCUAGAAAUAAGUCAAGGGCCAACCAGUAGGUGAAUGGGUAAACAAACUUGCAAUUUAUCCAUGCAGUGUAACACUAUUUGGCAAUGAAAAGGAACAAACUAUCAGUACACACAACAAUAUGGAUGAACAGCAGAAAUAUUGUGCUGAGUGAAAGAAGCCACAAAUGAAAGAGUUCAUACUGAAUGAGUCCAUUUCUGUGAAGUUCUAGAAGCAGAAGCACUCAUCCGUAGUGAUAGAAAUGAGGCCAGUGAGUUGUCUGGCCAUUGGGAGUUAACUCAAAGGGCACAAGAGAACCUUUUGUGGUGAUGGAAAAAUCUGAUACCUUGAUUGUGAUGGCAGUUUACUUUGACGUAUAUAUUUGUCAAAACUCACUGAACUCGAUGCUUUACAUGAGUGCCUUUUAUUGUCUAUCAAUUAUACCUCAACAAAGUUGAUAAGUAAAAAGAACAUUGAUAAGAUAUCCAGAAAAAAAAGAAAGGAAAAACCCAUUAUGAGUAAUGCCCAUCAGUCUGUGCUUUAGCUAAUGAAUGGCCCAGAGAGACCCUGGUAACGUCGUGGAGAUAGAAGGCAACUGGGAAGAUGUAUAGUAUUACUUGGGACACAAAGUCCUUAGUCUGGAGAGUGAUCAGGGGUUUUAUUCUAAUGUCAGCUAAGCAAUAUUGCCUUCCACAGAGAGUAUUAACAGAGCUUUGGGGUCUUCUCUCAUGAGGAAAAUUGGCUUAAACAUGAGGGGCUGGGAUCCCUUACUUCCUCUCUUCAGUCUUUAUAGUUGGAGGGAUCACACUGCUGUGGCAAGGAACCCAUACCAGCAAGUCUCAUAGGACCUUGUGUCCUCUGAAAGCAGCCCCAAAAUACUAGAACAAAAAGUAACAGCCCAGGCUGCUAAACCCAGCCCAGGACAAAGAAGCUGGUAGAGCCCCCUGGCUAUCAGCCUUCAAAAAAAAGACUAAGUGCUGGCAGCCAUUUCUGUGUUCCUAGAUGUCCCGUCACUCCCAGAACUUUGCAUGUCUUGAAGGCUUGAUUUAUAAAUAUAAACUGAUGGUGGUUUUAUUUCAUAUUUGUCACAUAUUCCGUUGGGUUACUUUUGCGUUGCAUGGUAGUGUUUCCACCUGACUCUCAUAUUUACGCCCCGGAAUAAAGGGUCCUACGGACGCUCUCUAAUUCCCUCAGCUCAAGAGGAUAAUUAAAAUGAAUCUAUUGAAUAAAGAUGUGCCAAUUCUCCACCCUGAGGCAUAUUUAAUAGUUUAGAAUGUUUCUUCCAUAAGACAAGCUGGAUAGGUGUCUCUAACUGAAAUCUAAAAGAUUGUAUCCAAUUUGAAAACUUCAAGUGGAUGCAGAAUAACACCUGCCCAACCGACCACUUCACUCUUGGGUCCUAAAAGGCAUUAUAAAAAUAAGAGGAAAAUCAGUCCCCAAGAACAUCAGUUACUCAUAUAGAAAAUCAGUACCCAUGGACACCUCAAAAUAAGCUUCUCACCUCAGCUGUAUGUGACUCCGUGGUCCAUUCUUUAGCCAAAUACAAAUUAUACAGUAGUUAUUCAACUAUAGGUGUUGCAGGUAGGCCAGAGAGCAUCCUUAAAUGGCCUUGCUGGGCCUGUCAUGGGUCGUGUUUGGAAUGAAUCAAUUAAGCAGAAAAUUAAAGAAGCAUCAAUCAUGGCUUUCAGGUCAGAUAGACUACAAAAUAUAAUAGACUAAACCCUCACAUAAUGUGUGCUUCAGGCAGCAUUUUGGACAUACCACAAUAUGACUUUUCUUUGGUUGAUGAAAUUAUUUCCCAUGCACACAAGGUUCACAGUUGUGCCCAGGGCUCUUGCACCCGCCACCAAGAGAACAUCAUUAUGAUGCCCAAAGGUAGUAAUGCUGUCACAGAACACUAAGACCGUUAUUUCAGAUGGUGUUUUGCCUCUAGUCAACUAACCAUCUUUGAUCCAUUGAAAUAUUGUAUCUUGGUGUUUGUUUAGACCAGACUUUAAUGUAGGUAUCUGUGAUGGGAAUUUAAAUCUGUCUUGUGUGAUCUUUGUAGAGAGGCUCUUUUGUGGCAGUGAGGGCCAUGGCAGUAUCAGCCACCUCCUGUGUUCAAUUGUCAGUCUGUCGGUUUUUGAAGUGAAAUAGCACAUCUCCCAAACAAAAAACCGUUCUGGCAAGGAGCCGUGGCAGCAGUAUCUAAUACCUUUUGUCAUUCCUGACUAACAGCAUUUUCCACUGAACUUCUCUUCUCUCACUUCCAAAAAAAAAAAAAAAAAGAAGACAAAGAAAAAUUGGAACCAUACAGAAAGUUUCAGAGCGAUUGCCAUGUUUCAUAGUAGUGUGUCUGUGUACGAGCAGUAUAAUGAAUUUGACUUAUUCUGAAAAAGUCAGUUUUCCCACAUCUGCUGCAGAAAGUGAUGUUUGUGACAUUCUCAGCAUUUGCAGCAUUUGCAGUUAGACUUGUCUGUGAGAUUGUGGGAAGAUUUCUUUAGAAACUCACAUUAUUAUUCUGUGCAUAGGAGUGAGUAGUGUAACUCUGCAUCCCUAGCUUCGCAGCUAACCAUGUAUUUCCUGCUAAUCCCUUGACCUGUCCCAGUUUCUUUUUCUGGCCAUGGCUCCUUUAAAUUAUUAAUGAGAGUUCUCACUGUUCAAGGUUAGGCAGCUAAGUACAUGUUUGUAGAGGAGUUUAAGAUGCGUGCAGGCUUUCACUGCAUUUUGUACCUGGGCAUUUGGGGUUGGAGAGAGAGCAGAGUGACUUGACCCUUUUUCUAUCUCAGAUUCAUUUUCUCUUUUGAAUGCAGGAGAAAAGAACAAACCCAACCUCCCUCCAAAGCUUAACUCCACACGGCCUGCUUUCCUGGCUUCACACAGCUUAGAACUAAGUCAACUCCCUUCCCUCUACCUUCCAUCUCCUCACAACCCCAUUUGAAGAGAUAACUUUGACAGUUGUCAUAAGUAGUUGCUUAUCAGCGUAUGGUCUAUAGCUGUAUCUUUGGCUGCCUUUAAUUUGUGAGAUUACACAUUUUGAAGAAGACUAACCUCUGUGUGUUCAUUAGCAUUCUGGAUGAGAAAUUUUAGUGGUAUACUAGAGAGGGCUACAAAGUGACUACUGGUUAAGAAAAAGCAGUGUUAAUUUUAAGAAAAUUAAAAUAAAUUUUCCCCUUAGCCCCAUUAGCUCUGUGUCAUUGAUGAGGAGAGCGAGUCAGUGCUCUGACUGGGCAAGUGUGUUCAGAGGCCAUGCUCUCACCUAUUCCCAGAAUGCCAUCUUGAUGUCAUUCCAUACCUUACCUCUUAACUUUUUACUCUCUGUAAAUCAUAUUCCUACAAAUGUUGAUCUGUCAACUCAAAAUUCCACUAAAUAAGCAUCAUGAUAAAAGUCUAUGUUUCCUAUUAUAUUGGCAAUACUCACUGAUUCCAAUUGAUAGCACCUCUGAGAAGCACUUGCAGUACAGAAGCAGGUCACAGCACGGCAACUGAGAGCAAACAGGCCAGUCCUUUGUUAGUCAAAGCAUGGUCUGAGAACUGAUAUCAUUAGCAUCCUGAGAACUUGUCAGAAAUGCAGAAUCCCAGACCUCACCCCAGAUUUCCUGGAUCAGUAGAUGCAAAAUCCCAGUGAUGUGUAUGCACAUUCAAGUUCGAAGAGCCUGAGCUAGACUCUAAGCUCCACAAGAGCAUGGGCUAUGUCUGUCUUGUUCAUCAUUUUAUUCCCACCUGCUGACAGUGACUGGCUCUGAGUUGGUGCUCGGUAAAUAUUUGUUAAAUAAACGAUUACAUCUAGGAGAAAAGUUUUGUAAGAACACUAAUGCUUUUUGUCAUAAGCAGCAUACAUUUCUUGCAAAGAUUGGUUCAUUUGGGAAAACAGUAGAAUAACAAGUUGCCAGAAGAGGCUAAUUUGUGUAUAUUGGUGUUCACCUAUAAUUUUUACUCUUUCUUCUUAAGGAAGGUGGUAAUCUAAUUUUACCAGAUGGAUACUGGAAAGAUGAAAAAUAGAGGAAUAGUGUCAGAGACAUGGGAAUAGAAAUCUUCCAUGCAUGCUUUUUGAGCCCCCUAGCCAUUGCAUCUUUCUUUAUAGAUACCCCUCCAUUUAGAUAAUCUUUAAUGUGUGUUGCCAUAGUGCAAAAAUAGGGUUUCUUCCUCUGCAAUGCCCAUACUAUUUAGUUUAAAGAAGUGGUCACCCACAAAAUAAUCCUCUCAGACCCCUUCAUGUGUUCGUUAAGUGUACAUAUUCAAUGGGAAUAAAGGGGUUUUAUGAAGUGUAGUCUGUUACAGGUGCACCCAAGUCUCUUCUGUUCGCAUCAGCCUAGUAUCCCCAUGGAAUCUAUGACUGUACUUUAUAGAUGACAGGGCAUAAGCAAAUGCUGGUUGGUAGAUUACUCUUAUAACAGGCUUGCUAGAGCCUGUAUGUGAACAUGACUCUUUAGUGGUUUUAUCUGUUGGGUCCCCUGAGCCUGUAUGUGAACAUAACUCUUUAGUGGUUUUAUCUGUUGGGUCAUCUGGGAAGCAGACACUAAGAGAAGUACAGGAGAUGUAUUGAGGGUACUUUUUGUUGAAAGAAAAAUGGGGAGUGGGAUCAGGGGUAGCCAAAGAGAGCCUCUAGACUACGCUGUGGGUCUGACACCUGUGAGAUGUGAGCAGGAAGGAAGGAUGAAUGUGUAGGAAGAGGCUCAGACCUUACUAUAGCUCCGAUGGAGAGUUCUGGAUCAAAGAUUGCCCAUAGAGGAAUCCUGCACUGUGCAGAAAUGCUGUGCCCUACUAUCCCUUCCUGCUCAAUGGAUCCUCAGAUGCUACAGCUGGAGGCUGCCAGCUCACCACAUGCUUUUCAGCUAAUUGGCAAGUUCUUGGAAGGACAGCUGACACAUGCCCCUCAAUAGAUGCCACAGUGGUCAAGUUGAGUUGUUCUAUAUGCUUGAGGUGAAUAAAAUAGUAUUUCAGUUAGCAAUCUAUAUGCAGUACUUUAAUUUAGAGAAACUUACCUCCACUAUAUGUAAAAGAAGAAUAACUAAAGCUUCUGGAAUAUCCAUAGACACUUUACAAAAAUCCACUAGACUGGAAGCCACUGUUGUGCUUGAAAGAAAUUUGGAGCCAGACUUUGUCUUUUUCCCACUUCUAGCCAUUUACCAGCUGUGUGAAUGCAGAAAAAAUUGCUAACCCUUAGUUUUCUCAUCUGCACAAUUGGAAUAAUACUUAAUUUUCUAGGGUUAAGGAAAGAAUAAAUUAGAUAUAAACAAAGAACUUUGAACAGUGCAUGAAACAGAAAGUGUACAACAGUAUCUUACUAAAAAAAUACAAUGUCAAAGCAAGUUGCAAUAUUUUCUCAAUUUCCACAUAAAACCUCUGAAUUGGAUGAAUACUAUUUCAGUUUUUAACUACCCAGGAGACCUUCUGAUUAUAGCUUAAAAGCACCUUUACAAUAUGAAUGAAGUAUGAUUUGGAAUACUCUAUUUGCUGUAGUUUUUGUAUUUAUGAGAAAUAUAAAAAUCACUCAGUCUGCUUAGUUCUGCCUGUCAAAUUAUGGUCUGAAUUAUGUCCAUUUUUGCUGAUUAGCUUAGCAGAUAGAUAGAUAGAUAGAUAGAUAGAUAGAUAGAUAUAGAUAGAUAUAGAUAGAUAGGUAUAGAUAGAUAUAGAUAGAUCUAGAUAUAGACAUAGAUAUAGAUAUAGAUAUAGAUAUAGGUAAUAUCUUCUUUGUCAACACCAUAGACAGCCUGCAGAACCCAAGUCAGAUUCUCAGAGAUGCAUGUGUCCUCCCAUUGGUGAGCCAGGAAUGCCACUGUUAUACUCAGAAGUAGGACCUGGGAGGGACAAAGUUCUUUCUCAAAAAGAUGCUUCUUUGCCAGCCAUCCUGAGCCCAUAAACUGGCAGCUAAAAUUUCCAAGUUUUUUCCCUAAAUACAUUAUAAAUGUGAAUAUAUUUUGUACUAAGGAGCCUAAUUAGGGCAAGAAUAUAUAUUAGUUUUCCACUGUAGUCUCAUGUGGGAUUUAGGCCAAAUUCAGAUUAAAAUACAGAGAUUGGUAGGCAUAACUAUGAUUUUUGCAAUGAAAAUAUCCAGGUAAUACAUGCAGUUAUUUUAAUGGAACUCUCUGCCCUGGGUUUAUAAUGAAAUCAAGAAGAUUUUCUGAGACACAAGGAUUUGCUCUACACUACCAUGGAGGCUAUAUGUAUAAAUGACUUCCUGAUUUUAGACAAGUUCUCUGAAAAUUCUAUUAGUUUCCUCUUUAGUUAGAAUAUAAAGGAAUUUCAGUGGGCUGCAAGAUUCCUAAGAUAGGGAAAAGUUUAUACUCAUUUCAGAUGUAUUAUUUUGCCUCCCUUAGGGCUGCAUAUGGAAUCAGAAUAUUCCAGAUAUGAUUUUAUGUGCAUAGUUAAAUCAUUCAAUUCUUACCACACAUCUGGUGGACAGGCUAAAUGUACCUUAAAGGACAUGGUGGCUUGUGGAAGACAGUAUUUUUUGCCUACCAUAUAUUAUAAACAACUCUAAGGUGUCUUCAGAUAUCUGUACAAGAUUUUCUUAAAAUAAAAAUUAGAGCAAAUUAUAGGUUAUCCUAAUAAUGUAAUUCUCAAUACUUUUUUUUAAGUGGGAGAGAAAAGUGGGGGUUGUGGUUAGAAGGCCAGUGCUGCAUGUUUUGGGUCUGCCCCUAGAGUUGGUUAUGCCUGUGACGUCAUUCAUCCUGUCAAGAGGGGAGAAGGUUUGGAAUGGCAACUCAAAGGGCAGGCAGGCUGGAUGUGACCCUCCGCUCUGGGGGGCCGAGGCUCAGGCUUGUCCAUGCUCAGGAGUGAGCAGGUCUGACUGGUUUGAGUCAAGAAGCCUCAAACAUAGGGGAGACCACUGCCUCCUCAAGGUGACUUUGCUUGUAGGUUUUCUGAGUCCAGGUUUUCAAAUUGGGCUACUUAUCAGAACCCCUUAUGGGAAUUUGGAAAAUACAAAAUAGUCUCUGUCUUCUUAGACAUUGAUUUAGAAGGUCUACUUCAGUGGUUCUCAAACUAUACUAUAUAUCAGAAUCAUGUGGAGGGUUUGUUAAAGCACAGAUUGCUGGGUUCGGUGGCAUGCUAGCAUUGACUCAUGGACUCCAUUGUGUACGUCUUCUUCCAACCUCCAGUUCUGUGAUAGCCCAUGGGUAGCUUCAAAUCAGCUAUGGUGACUGAGUACUUACACCAGGGAAAUUGGCAUUGCCAAUCAGUUUUCCUCAAGAGCCAGUUGUUAAAUGUUUCCCAGCAUACCUCUGGCAGAGCUUCUGAUUCAGUAGGCCUGAGAUGAAGCCCAAGAAUCUGCAUUUCUAGCAAGUUUCUCAGUGGUGCUGCUGCUGCUGGUGUGUGGAGCACAUACUGGGAACAAUUUGUCUAGAAUUAAGCUGUCCAAUUUGAUAGCCACUAAGCCACAUGUGGUUAUCUGAAUUCAAGUUUUAAUUAAUAAAAAUUAAAUAAAAUUUAAAAAUCUGUUCCCAAGUCACAUUAGUCAUAUUUUAAGUGCCUAAACUAAUACAAUGUUAUAUGUCAAUUAUAUUGCAAUAAAAUGGGGAGGGGGGAAUGCUUAAGAGUCACAUAUGGUUAGUGGUUACUGUAUUGGAUUGCACACUUCUAGAACAAUUAAUUCAUCAUUGCCAAAAGUACUAUUGGGCAACACUGCUCUAGGAAAAACUCUGUGCGCCUAUAUUUUUUUUGUUUUAAGUUCUACAGGUUAUUCUGAUGGGAAGUCUGUUUCAAUAAUCACUACAGUUUUUUUUUUUAAUUUUUUAAAUGUUGAUUCAUUUUGAGAGAGAGAGACAGAGCAUGAAUGGGGGAGGGGCAGAGAGAGAGGGAGACCUAGAAUCUGAAGCAGCCUCCAGACUCUGAACUGUCAGCGCGGAACUCAACGCAGGCCUUGAACUCUUGAACCAUGAGAUCAUGACCUGAGCCGAAGUCGGACGCUUAACCAACUGAGCCACCCAGGCGCCCCAAUCACUACAGUUAUUAAAUGUUGAUCUUACAUUUUGACUCUCUCAAACUCAAACUCACAGAUAAUUCUAUGUUACUCAUUUUCUGUUUCUUACUUGGGAGGGAGGAUUGAUUUGCAAAAAUUCUCAAACACUUGACAACACAUAUCAAUGACUCUUUUUUAUAGGUGAGGAUAAAGGAGGUAAGGGUGGAAGAGGUAUUGUUGAACUGGAACCCAGCCCCAAAUCCAUAACUUUUUCAAGCCAGAGGUUUCUCUUCUAUGCUGUGACAGCUUUCUGCUAAAUAGAAAAAAUUAUUACAGGUGUUGGUCAUAGUCCUGCCUUCUGAUCAUGUCUGGGGUCAGCACUGAGAUGCCAUUAUCCUACCUCAGACCACGUGUGUGGCGCAUGGAAGCCCGAGAAGUCUUUCAGACUUUAUCUAAUAACAACUCCCUCCCAACCAGUGAAGGACAUGAACUGCAUUUAUUGGAAACCAGUUGACCAUAUUAAUGAAUCAGAAGUGUUCAGACUAGCAGGUUACACAAGACUACAGAGGGGGUAGAAUUCAAUUAGAGGUGAAGGGUCAGGUGAAAUAAUUAAGUCAUUAGGGACAUCUGUAGAGCAAGUUACCAAAACCUGAGUUAGUGAGGGUUAUACAAGCAGACAGACUCCUGAUAAUUGGACCAGGAAAGAGCUGGCCUGGGAUGCCAGCUGCUGUGGGUUGCCUCUUGUGUGUUGUUGGGUCUUGGUCUUUUUAUUUACAUAGCCUGGCAUGUAGAAGCAUGCUGUGUGAGUUACCAUCUCCAAGAUGCUUGUGUGGCCUAAACAAUGUCCAUUUAUUUCAGCUCCUUUUGACUGAAAUUUUAAGUUCUUUACAGUGAUUAAAAAAAAAUAGCCAGUGGUAUUUCUUUUUCCUCUGAAAGAUUUAUUAUAAUAGACUUUAUUUUCUCAAGUGACAGUUGCCUUUGUGAGUUUCAAAAGCUGUUACAUUGCCUGGUUCUGUAGCAAUCUCUUCAAAACUACCAAAAACAAAAAACAAAAAAACUCUUCUUCUUUCUGGGCUUCUUUUUAGGAAUUCUGGCACUCUUCCUUUUAGGAAUUUCCCACUGCCAGUAUCCUUGUACCUUUGUAGGCACCAUUAUAUUUUUGUCCUUUUGUAUCCUUAUUGAUCUUCCUGCUCCUAGGCAAUUGCUAUAAACAUCCUUCAGCAAAGCAUUCCCUGAACACCAUUUUUGUCAACACUCACCCUUUCACAAAUAUUUAUUGGGUGCCUGCUCUGCUGGGAAAAGAGAAUACAGAAUACAGUAGUAACAGAACAGACUUGGUUCUACUCUUAUGAGCCUAUGGUGAAGUUUUCUUCUAACCAGAAGCCUUUACUUCCUAAAGUGGGUUGAAUUCUGCCCACCACCCCCCAAAAUAUGUCCACUUGGAACCUCAGAAUGUAACCUUAUUUGGGAUAAAGGUCUUUGCAGAUGUAAUUAAGGUAAGGAUCAUCACAUGAAAUUACCUGGAUUAUAAUGGGCCCAAACCAAUCUACAUAUUCAAUGCAAUCCCUAUCAAAAUAACACCAGCAUUCUUCACAGAGCUAGAAAAAACAACCCUAAAAUUUGUAUGGAACCAGAACAGACCCUGAAUAGCCAAAG